AUGGAAAAAGAUAAGAAACCAGAUCUAGCAAUGGAAAUUCCUAGAUAUUUCAGGUGCCCUAUUUCAAUGGAGCUAAUGAAGGAUCCUGUCAUCAUCUGCACUGGUGUUACAUAUGAAAAGAAGAACAUUGAGAAGUGGUUCUUCACCUACAAGAAGACUACUUGCCCUGCAACAAAUCAGAUCAUCAACAACUUCAAUCUCACCCCAAACCAUACCCUUAAGCGCCUCAUACUUUCAUGGCAAGAGAGUACAUCGUCGAAAGAAACCAUACGGGAGGCGGCGGCGGCGGCGACGAGCAAGCAUGAUGAGUUAGUCUCCUUGUUAACCACAAUUCAUUCUUCAACACCAUUCAAGGUAAGUUCCUUAAAGAAGCUCAGAUCAAUAAUUGAAUUGGGUGAUGAAACCAAAACUGAUUUCAUCCAAUCAGGUGGUGUUGAAGUAUUGAGUCAUAUAAUUGUCCAAACCCUAAUUGAACCUUCUGAUUUCAUCACAUUUAGAGCUUGUGAAGAGGCUUUAUCUAUCUUACACCAAAUUCCCUUUUCCAAUAAGGUAUUGCUUCAGAUUACACCAAAUCCUGAAUCCAUUAAGGCUAUGGCUAUGAUGCUUCAAAGAGGAAGUGGUGAGGCUAGACUUCAAACUGUUACUAUUUUUAGAAAAAUGGCUAAAGUGGAUUAUGAUUUCAGUUGGGUUAUUGAAGAUCAAAGUAUUGAUCUAUUUAAAUCUUUAUUAGAAUUCUUAUCAGAUGAGAUUAAUAGCACUGCAAGCAAAUAUGCAUUGGAUGUUUUGGUUCACAUCAUUGGAUUAUCUAAAAAGAAUAGGGUAAAAGCAAUUGAAGCUGGUGCAAUUUGUGUUCUUAUUGAGCUUCUACCAGAUUACAAUGGAUCUAAAUGUGAGAAAAUAUUGUUGAUUAUCAAAUUGCUUUGUGAAUGUGCUGAUGGAAGAUUAGCCUUAGUUGAACAUGGAUUAGGGAUCGCGGCGGUAUCGAAGAAGAUAUUACGAGUUUCGGAUACUGCAACUAAACUUGGGGUGAAGAUCUUUUGGUUGAUAUGUAGUUCUCAUCCAUCAAAUAAUGUUUUAGAGGAAAUGGCCUUACUUGGAUUGGUGAAGAAGCUAAUAGAAUUGGUACAUAUAGAUGAGCAGUCAUCAAUGAAGAAUAAAGCAAUGAAUAUCCUUAAGUUACAUGGUAAUACAUGGCAGCAAUUUCCUUGUUUCCCUUGUAAUUUGAAGGAUUUUUUGUAAUCAUAAAUGAAUGAUUUGAGGUGAAAAUUCAUCUCUAGUGA